CCCACAUGAAGGACUGUACAGAUCCAGCACCCCCCCUCUAAUCUCCUCUCCUCUCCUCCUCCUCCCUCCUCCUUCCUCCUCACCCCUCUCCUCCCUCUCAGUGAUCUUCAGCUCUGCUCGGAGUCAUGAGGGGGCGCUGCACAGUGUGAAGAUGGCUAACGCCGUGGCUUCCUACGACCAGCUGGCCCACCAGGUGGAGGCGCUCCGGAAGGAGAACUCCCACCUGAGGAGGGAGCUGGAGGACAACUCCAACCACCUGUCCAAACUGGAGACGGAGACGUUCGGCAUGAAGGAGGUGCUGAAGCAGCUGCAGAGUAAACUGGAGCAGGAGGCUGGAACUUUGGCAUCGUCUGGGAGGAGCGACGUGCUGCACCAGCUCAAAGAGCUCCACAUGGACCUCACCAACUACUAUGAACUCAAACACCAACCUCACAACCUGAGGCUGCUGACGGGCGGCCUGGGAGGGGCGGGGCUAGCAGGUGUUGCUGGGACGGGGUCAGGUGUGGUCGGAGCUCCAGAGCUAGAUGACCACCUGGCUCUGCCUCCGUCCUCCUGCACCUCCUCCUCCUCCUCGGCAGCGGCGGUGAGCAGACCCAGGAGUCCACUCAGAGCGGCAUCCCGUCAGAGCAUGGCCUCUGCUGGAGAGGCUGCUGCCGUCAUGCUACCGCAUCACUUCCUGGAUGGAGCCCCGCCCAAAACAGCUGUGAUUAGUGGAGCGGAUGGACGACAGAGCGACCAUCACCUGGAGGAGCUGUACAAAGAGAGGAACCUCCUGCUGGGGCAGAUCGACCGCGAGGAGAGGGAGCGCUGCUGGUACUUCAGCCAGCUGGAGGCGCUGUCCCAGAGACUGGCCCAGCUGCCACGCAUCGACACGUUUUCUCUGCAGAUGGAUCUGAUCCGGCAGCAGCUGGAGUUCGAAGCUCAGCAGGUUCAGUCUGUGAUGGAGGAGCGCUUCGGGACCAGCGACGAGAUGGUUCAGAGGACACAGAUGCGUGUUGCUCGUCUGGAACAGCUGGAGAAAGAGCUGCAGGAGGCCCGAGGGAGUCAGGAGAGUCAGCUACAGCUGUCCGGUGCUGAGAAGCCCCCUGCUGGAGAACCAGAGAACAGCAGCUCAUCAGCAGGUGCAGCAGCAGGAACAGAAGCAGCAGACGGAGGCAGCAAGGUGGAGAUGGUGUUCUGGCUGCUGUCUAUGCUGGCUAAUAGAGAUAAGGAGGAGAUGUCCCGCACUCUGCUGGCUUUGUCCAGCUCUCAGGACAGCUGCAUCGCCAUGAGAAAGUCCGGCUGUGUCCCGCUGCUGGUCCAGAUCCUACACGAGGCUCCUGGUGGAGGGGCCGGAGAGACAGCCACGGGCAGCACUGUGACAGGCUGCAGUCGCGAGGCCAAGUCCAGAGCAAGCGCCGCCCUCCACAAUAUCAUCUACUCCCAGCAAGAUGAGGGCCAGGCCCGCCGCGAGAUGAGGGUCCUACACAUGCUGGAGCAGAUCCGGACCUACUGCGACAGCGGUUGGGACUGGAUCGAGAGCCAUGCUGGGACACCAUCACCUGGAGGAACUAAAACUACAGAUAUUCCUGAACCUGUGGACCCUCAGAUCUGUCAGGCCAUGUGUGCCAUCAUGAAACUCUCCUUUGAAGAGGAGUAUCGUCGAGCCAUGAAUGAACUAGGCGGUCUGCAGGUGGUGGCGGAUCUGAUCCACCUGGACCAGGACAUGUACGGCAUGCAGAAUGACCCCAUCAACAUGGCUUUGCGUCGUUAUGCAGGAAUGGCCCUCACCAACCUCACAUUUGGAGACGUCGUCAACAAGGCCACCCUGUGUUCAAAGAAGAGCUGCCUCCAGGCUCUGGUGGCCCAGCUGGCCUCUGACAGUGAGGAGCUCCAUCAGGUGGUCUCCAGCAUCCUGAGGAACUUGUCCUGGAGGGCUGACAUCAGCAGCAAGAGGGUCCUCAGAGACAUCGGCUGUGUUUCUGCACUAAUGACUUGUGCCCUGCAGGCCACCAAGGAGUCAACAUUAAAGAGUCUUCUCAGUGCUCUGUGGAACAUGUCUGCUCACAGCAUUGACAACAAGGUGGCGAUCUGCUCGGUGGACGGUGCUCUGGGCUUCCUGGUCAGCACACUGACAUACCGCUGCCAGACAAACUCACUCGCCAUCAUCGAGAGCGGCGGAGGAAUCCUCCGAAAUGUGUCAAGUCUGGUUGCUACACGAGAAGAUUACAGGCAAAUCCUCAGGGACCACAACUGCCUCCAGACUCUGCUACAGCACCUGCGCUCCCACAGCCUGACCAUAGUCAGUAACGCCUGUGGGACUCUCUGGAACCUCUCAGCUAGGAGUCCAAAAGACCAGGAGCUGCUGUGGGACCUUGGGGCAGUUAGCAUGCUGCGCAACCUGAUCCACUCUAAGCACAAGAUGAUAGCCAUGGGCAGCGCUGCAGCUCUAAGAAACCUCCUCACCAAUAGACCCUUGAAGUAUAAAGAUGCUGCUGUCGUAUCCCCUGGCUCAUGUAUGCCCUCGCUCUACAUGAGGAAACAGAAGGCUCUGGAGGCAGAGCUGGAUGCUAAACACUUAGCAGAGACCUUUGAUACCCUGGAGAAACAGAGCCCCAAGCACCUGACCCUCAACAAACCGCUACGGCACAUCGAGAGUCUGGCAAAGGAUUACGCAUCUGAUUCUGGUUGUUUUGAUGAUGAUGAGGCCCCCAAUGUCUCCAGUAGCCUGGACACUGGAAGCUUCUCAAUGCUGUCCAUGUUUCUGACCAACUCCAACUUCCUGCAAAAUCAGCCACGCAAGAGGGACAGUGAACCUGAGAGAGAUGUAGACCCGCCUCAUAUGGUCGACAAGAGACAUGCUCCUCCUGACGAUGUGGUCUCUGCUGCUGCAGAGAAGCUUGCCAAAAAGAUUACCAACACGGUUGCCAAGAUCGAUAGGUUGGUAGAGGACAUCACCAUGCACACGUCUUCUGAGGACAGCCUGAGCCUCAGCUCUGAGGACCACCUGGCAGACUGGCCCUAUGGACUGGAUGAAUUCAAUGAGGCCCGGGCAAAGUCUUGCUCCCCCUGUCGUCUGUCUGAUACAAGCAGCUUGGCCCAUAGAGAACGGCUCAGUAGAGCUCACGCCCUCUUACGCCUCAAAACUGCUCAUUCAAGUGUAUCGACAGACAGCCUGAACAGUGGAAGCACCAGCGAUGGCUACUGCGGCAGCAAAGACCAGAUGCGACCUGCUCCAAGAGCUCUAAUGAUGCAGCAACAACGACCAAACCAGCUUGAUCUCAAGGUGGCUCAUCAAGAGUAUCUUAAUAUGGGGCCUGCUGUCCUAAAUGAGACAACCCAGCAAGACAUUCCAGAAAGAGACUCUGUAGACAACAAAGACGUGAAGUCUCUAGAGCUCUGCAACAGAGAUGCAGAAAAGAACCAAGAUCCACCUGUACAAACACCUGUCAGUGCAUCUACUAAGAUGUCCUCAGAUGUUAGCAUGACUUCAAUUAAACUGUCUCCUUCUUAUCAACAAGUUCCACUUAUUCAGAGUGUGACCAAAUUUGGUGUAGCAAAGACAGCCAUCAAUGUCCAGGCUGCCCAAGCAAUGAGGAGGCAGGCAUGGGUACCUACUGUGAUGACUGGGGGGAGUAUUACAAAGUUUUCUCCAAUGACUUCAACCAGAAGUCCAACCAUUGGCACUAUGGAGACAGUUCAGAAGUAUUCUGUUGAAAACACCCCUAUCUGCUUCUCCCGCUGCAGCUCACUGUCCUCGCUCUCCUCUGGCGACGGAGCGCUGGAUGGACAAAGUGAGAAUGAGCUGGAGAGUGACUCGUCAUUAGAAAUAAUUGAAGUGGAAGAUGGAGAAGUGGUGAAGAGAGUGGAAGAGGAUGAAACCUUGGAGGAUCUGAGUGACAGCCAGCUGUUGUUGACAGACUCAAAAACCUUCCCCAGCAAAGAGACAGAUCCCAUCGGGAUCCCCUGUCCUGCCAAAAGGGAGAAGGUGUUCCUGCGAGGAGCUUCACCUGCCAUAUUAGAAGACAGAUCUCCAUCCAGCUCAUCUGAGAACUACAUCCAUGAAACUCCCCUGGUGAUGAGUCGUUGUAGCUCUGUCAGUUCACUGGGCAGCUUUGAGUCUCCCUCUAUUGCCAGCUCGAUCCAAAGUGAUCCAUGCAGUGAGAUGAUUGAUGGAACAAUAAGCCCAAGUGAUCUUCCUGACAGCCCAGGACAAACUAUGCCUCCUAGUCGUAGUAAAACUCCAUGUUGUGUCGAGUCUAAUGGACCAGAACCCCAGAGCACAGGUAUAGCAGGGCAGUGGGAAAGCAGCCUGCGGAAGUUCAUGGAGAUUGCAGACUCCAAGGAGAGGUUCAACCUUCCUCCUGACCUGGACACCAUGAUCUACUUCACUGUGGAAAAGCCUACUGAGAACUUCUCUUGUGCUUCCAGCUUAAGUGCUUUGCCGCUUCAUGAGCAUUACAUACAGAAAGAUGUGGAGCUAAAAUUAACUCCCCUACUCCAGCAAAAUGACAAGAGUAUCCCCUUCCCUGAUGAAGAUGAGCAGGGAAUUGACAACGGGGAACGAUACAGUGAAGGCAACUCGGACGAUGACAUUGAAAUCUUAAAGGAAUGCAUCAACUCAGCAAUGCCCUCUAAGUUCAGAAAAGUCAGACCUUCACUGAUGACCACCAUCCCUCCUCAUAUCCUCAAUUCCCAGAUCCGAAAACCAAUACAUCUCCCAGUUUACAUGAUGCUCCCAAAUGGCAAAACCCAAAUGUGUCCUGGGAGGAGAAUCGUCAUCCCGCAAAAAGACUUAAAAUUCGAUGAUUCGUCGUUCACAGAUUCAGCAGAAGGAACACCCGUCAACUUCUCUAGCACAACAUCACUAAGUGAUGAAACACUUCAGUAUCCAGUGAAGGAGAGGGGGGCAAAGGACUGCACUGCUAAAGGCAUGAACAAACAGGAACUGAUUGAUGAUGAAGCGAAAAGGAUUGAAGACUUGAGGAUAUUCUCACACUUCCACAAACCCAACAGGAUGAACUACCCACCUGAGAUACAAAUGAGCCGAACAACGAAACACGUCAUUCCUACUCAGAGGGUGCUGAUGCAGAGCAAAGAGGUAGCUGAUCGAGUGGCCAACCAAAAGAAUCGUGAUCAGUCUCCUCAGCAAAAAAGGCGUCAGUGCCCUGUCAGGAAACUGGAGCUGCCUGUCAUAAAGCAAAACACAGAAAGUAACCUCAACAUGGGGUCACAGAAAGGAAUCUUUCGACAACUUACCCGUUCUUCAGAGGACAGUAAUAGCUUCUAUGAUGAUGAAAAUGAAGAAGGAACAAAACGAACAAGUAGAAAACAGAUCAAGGAAGCAAGUAGAAAUACGCUCUCUCGAAGCAUGACAAAUAUUGGCUGGACAGAUAAUUCCCAAACAAAGGCCCGAGGAUUUCACAGAAUUAAACAGAAUCUGAUAAAGGAUGAAUCCUUAACAUGUUACUCGCUUAGCUCCUCUCUUAGUUCACUCAGUGAUGCUGAGUUUGAGGAUCAUAAAUCAAAAGCCCAGCAAAUAUGGUACAAGAACAGACACAACAAAUCUCUGAAUAUGGUGCAACAAACAAAGCCCAUGACCAUUCACUGCCAGUAUGAAGAGCAAAGCUCACCGAGCUCCGUCAGCAUGGACUCAGAGGAUGACCUGCUUCAGAAAUGCAUAACGUCUGCCAUGCCCAAGCAGAGAAGGAAGAUGGCUGCCAGGAAAAAGAAAGAAAAUACUCAGAAACAAAAACAAAAGGUCUCAGAUGGGUGGGACAUGGAUGAGGAAAUGGAUAGUGAUGAUAUGGCAUGGGAUAAAGAUUCAGACCUCAACAGUGUUGAAUGGAGAGCCAUACAGGAAGGUGCUAAUUGUGUCGUCACUGGGCUGCAGGCAUCAAAGUCUCAAGAGCCAUCAUCUGAAGAGACUGAAUCAGUCCUUUCAUUCAUGUCAACAUCCAGCUUCACGCCCAAAGAAAGAAAGUUUGCUAAAGACAAAAAGGCAAAUAAACCUUUGGACUUUGCACAGCGCAAACCAGUACCUAACCUACCUGUGGUUUUUAGAGGCAGAACGGUGAUCUAUACACCCAAAAAAGAGACAGCUCCAUCACAAAGACCUCCUCCCAGAAAAGUACCAACUAAGACAGAUACUCCAAAGAACCCAAACCUCGCUCAGCACAGAUCAAAGAGCCUCCACCGACUUGGCCAUCCCCAGGACACAGAGCUGUCUUUGCCAAAGAGGAGCUCUACUCCACCGCCAAGGAUACCAAAAAGUUCCUCCUCUGGAUCUUCACAAAGCUCCACACCAUCCAAACAGUCACAGAAGAAGAUAACAUCCCCAACUCAGACCAAUAAAUCUAUCCAGAAAAAGAACGCCACACCAGCUAGUAGCCCACCGGCUAGUAGCCCACCUGAAAGGAAGGGACGCUCUCCUGUUGUGAAUCAAAACGAAAAAUCCCCACCACCUAAGACUCAGAAGUCACCUGUCCGAAUCCCUUUUAUGCAAAACUCAGUCAGACAGCCCAGACCUCUGUCACCACUGGUAACUAACCAAACAACCAGACAACCAAAUCAGGCCAACGGGAAAAGGGUGGUUCCAGCUAAUCGAUUUGACCUGGUCAGGAUGACGUCUGUCCAUUCCAGUGGGGGUGAGUCAGAUCGCAGUGGAUUUUUGAGACAGCUGACAUUCAUUAAGGAAUCAAAGACGGUGCUGAGACGUGAUGGCGCUGCUCGCAACAUGCCCGGAUCUCAGAACGGAUCCCCUCGCAGAGCAGUUCCUGGAGCUUCUGCCGUCUUUCUCUGCUCAUCACGCUGUCAGGAAUUGAAGGCUGCUGUGCAAACCCCACGAAGGGUGCAGGUUAAAGAUCCAGCAUCGGCACAGCGAGUCCAGAGGCCGAACCCCGGCCUUCAGAAGCAGACUACAGGCCUGUCAAGAGCCACAUCCAGUGAAAGGGACCUUUCUGCGAGACGCCCAUCCAGGAGAACCAGCUCCGAAAGCCCCUGCAGGGUAGCCCAGCGAAAUGGGCCUGGCAGAGUGUCUGGAGUUAGGCAGCAACAAGACAAAGACACUUUUAAGCGUCACGCCUCAUCGCCAAGCAUCAACAUACUUAGCCGAGUGACUAGCCGCUCUUCACUGCGCUCUUCAUCAUCUGAUUCGAGUGGUAGAGCAAAGAGCGAGGAUGAUACGAAGAAGAGAGGGCAGAGAUCUGCAUCUCGGCUAAAUGACGGAGUCACCUGGAGACGCAUCAGGGAUGAAGAUGUACCUCAGAUCUUGAAAAGCACUCUGCCAGCCAAUGCAUUACCUCUGGUGCCUUCUCCUGACGGGGAAAAGCCAAAGCUACCAGCUCUUCCAGGAAAACUGCCAACCAUUCUACUUGCAUCUCGCAAAACAAGCGAUGCGACAGUCCAGACGGAGGAUUUUCCAAAUAACAAGACCAACUCGAGCACCUCUCCGACAGUCGAUGCCACUACGGUGAUCUCUGAGGACGUAGCGAGACUGGCCCUCCUCAGGAAGAUCAGCGCCACCUCUGGGAGUAACCUGCAGGACGGAGAUUCAGAGGGCUCACUGAAGAGCACCGUCUCCACCGGAACAUCAGACAGCUACGUGGGCGGAGUUGUCACUUUCCGCCAAGGAUCCCCGAGCAAGGCAGCCCGAGUUACUCCGUUUAACUACACCCCCAGCCCGAUGGCCUGCUGCCUGCAAGACACACAAUGUCAAGCAGCUCCAAUCAGCGAAAAGUCGGGGGGAAAAGUGAGUCGUAGUGCGUUUGGACGACUGCUCGACUCCUGAAUAAUACUCAGCACUCAGACGGACAAAUGUAAAGCGUGCUGGUCCCUAUACCUCGGGUAUUGACCCUUUACUUGCCCCAUUCAAGAUUUCCUCUCUGAACAAUUGAUCACUGCUUCCACCUCCCAUUCAUACAGAGUUGGAUGUAUGUAUUGAGACAUGAAUGGACCAUCAGAUGCACUACAGAGAGAAAUCUCCCCUGAGAAGGAAUAAGUGCAUCUUUUUGUACUUUUUUUGUAUUUGCCUGAUAGAAAUGUAGUGAAAACAUAAAGACAAUAAUUUCAGCACAUCAAUCACCAUCAGUCUCUGGAACACAAUUGAUAAAAAGAACAAUCUUAUGCAAACUUUUGAAUGAUAACUCAGCUGGACUUCCACCUGAAAAGGUACAAACUGUGGCGGACUGUUGACGAACACUGACAUGUAAAGUAUUUUUUACAUAAAAUGCAUCAAUGCUUUGCACCCUUGCUUCACCACUCAGCUGAAUAAGAUGUUUCAUGUUGCAGCCCAGCAGGUUUCGGGGACACGUCUGUGAUGAUGCAUUACUUCAGUCUAUUAUUAGUAUCACUUUCAUUCAAAUUAUCAGUCUAUCAACACUCCAGCUGUGGAUGGCUGGUUUUACUUUCAUCUGCAGGGUGAUGGGAUACAAUGUCUCCAGUUCAAAAGUUAAAACUAUAACUAUCGCAUUUGGCAACAGUUGACUCAUUUCAGAGCCUGGUUCCAUGUUUUUGGAGUCCAAAAAUUAAUACAUUUGAGAGAUUAACUCCUACCUUAAGGAACUUAAAUCAGAGCUGUGGAUAAAAUCUAUUACAAGGUUCAGCCAAAAAAAUAUUCAAAAUCCCAGUGGAGACCUGCAAAAAGCUUGUUAGCAGUUUGAUUGCUUUAGUGGCAAAUAAAGGUGUUGCCAGUAAUUACUGAGCAAAUCUAAAUUUGCCAUGGGAGUGCAUAAUUUCAGGCUUAACCGUAAAUAUUUAAUGUUACAAUGUCAUUAUACACUCAGUAAGCAUUUUGUCCAACUCGUCGCCAUAAAUUCUACUUCUACAUUUUCAGUUUGUGUCAGAAAGGGGAUGUUCCACCUCGUUAAUCUACACGAUGAGGGAAGGUAUAAAGAAUCACCACCUCCCACUUUGACCUUGAUAGUAGGAGCCAAUCAGUAUUGUUUUUUCAGGCUGAGACAGAUUUUCACUGAUCCAGACAGAUUACGGAUUACUGUAGCUGAUAUGUAUUUGCAUUAAAAAUUAAAGUCUUGGUGUUGAAACUUGAAAUAGCAAAAAGUUGAACAUAAAAUGUCUUAUUGUUUUACAUUUUUAAUUAGGAGGACUUUUCAAUAUUUUUCCUUCAGUGCUGAUUGGGUAUAGCUCAUGACACUAAACCAAUCAGGUAGAGCUGUGGGCGGGACAUUAAGUGUCGCUGCUGCCUGCAUGCCAAAUUAGCACAUUUUUAAAUUAAUUAUUUCAUUGAGAAUCUUUUUUUUUUUUAAAUAACUAAAACAUAACCAGUGCUGACUGUUCGAAUUUAAUAAUCGAUAAAUCCCCGCCAAUUAUAAAGUAAAAUAUCACCUUUUUCACAAUGUCAAAGUAAAUGUAAAAGUAGAAUUUAUGGCAUCAUGGCUGUUGUUUUGGAUAGAUUAUCUGUAAAAACAACUGAGAAACUGUUCAACUGUUAAUUUCAAAAACUAAUUACAAGAUAAAUCAACGUGACGUUCACUCAAAACUGAGUGUCAACGUAAAGAUGGAGGUCUGAACACUGCAGUGAUCUGAUACAAUUCAGAUUAUAAACAUGAAGUUUAGCCUCAUCACAAGUGUCCCCUCUGUUUCCAUCACAGAAAAUAUUAUCCUGUCAGCUGACUCUGCUCUCUUCACGCUCUGCUGUGUCUUAAUCAGUGUUGUAAAUAACAUGCAGAUUUACAGAAGCUUCCGGUGGGCAGAAGAAGCCUGACAGCAUGCCAAUAUAUUCACUGACUGUAUACACACACCUGUUAACAUUGUGGACGCUGGAUAAUGUUGUUAUUCAGUGACGAAAUACUUUCUAAAGCCCGACGACAGCGUUACUGUAUUCCUGUGCUGCAUAAUGAUAUAAAGUGUCAGCGUAGACGAACAAACACGCCUCUCUCUGGUAAUUAAUCUGUGUUUGCUGCUAGAUUCAGGUUCUGUUUGCUGUCGAGCAUUUCUAAAAGAUCAGGUCGGGCUUUGAGUGAACGGAAUCGCAGAAGUUAAGUCUCUAUAAUGUGUUAAUAUCUGCUUAACUGUGUUACUGUAAAAGUAGUGAUAGGUGGAGAAGAACAUAAAGACGAUGAAUAUUCUCUGUAGUUGUACCAUCACUCUUCCAUGUGAGCUGGAUGGAAGCAGACUUCAUCUAUAUUAAAGGGGCUGUUUAUUCCUGGAAACCUUCCUCCUGUUCUCCCAAAGCAUGUUUUAAGAAAACCCCAGUAGCUUCUGAGCGCAACCUUCUGAAGUCCCAACAGAUAUUUAAAGAUCUAAAAGUGAUAACACGACCGAAACCUGUCUUUGAGUAUCAAACACUCGAUUGAAAGUAGAACAUCUGCGGGAAACUGAACAUGCUGAGGAGUCUCUUAAAUACAGUCACUGAUGGAGCUCGAUACAUUGCAGCUGAAGAAAAUACAUGCAAAUUUAUGGACAAAUGUGCUGCAAGUAAGAGGUUUGGUUGUGUCUUCUUAAGCUGCAGUGGACUGAGUCACUGACACAAACAUUUAUUCAACAAUUAGUCAUUUGGCUGAAGUUAAUUAACUAUUCAAUCAUUUUUUAAUUUUAAAAUUAGCAAGAGUUAAUUCAUUUCUGCACAUUUUUUUUUAGACAGUCUCAAUUUUUUCCACCACUAGAAACAGCACAAUAGUUUGUCGACGUAAAUCACAUAUUUUUUGUUUCUGCAACGUGGAAAGCGUAGUUCUUAUAGUGGAAAGGUUUCUUCUUGUCAGAAAAUCCUUCAAAAUCAGUCCAUCAGUUAACCUAAAUCAUUGUUUUAAACAGUAAUUUAAGGCGUUUUUCCUGCAGAAACGUCAAAGAUUUUGUGGUUCUGGCUUCUUAGGUGUAAAGAAAAAAUCAGCUGCUUGAUGAACUGAAUAAUGAAUGAAACUAGACAUUUAAUGACAUCAUCUUUGUUUCAGGGAAACUGACAGACAUUUCCUGCCAUUUCAUAAUGUAAGCAAAUGAUUGAGAGAAUAAGUUGGAUAUUAAUCAAUCAUAAAUGUAAUUACUUAGCCAUAGGACUGAGUUGACCAAGAACAUUUGAUCUGAGCUCACAACCCACAGCUGUGAAUUUAAGGUGGAUUCACAAUCUGCAGCUGAGUGUUUGACACAGAAAAGACAGAUUUAAGGCGGAGAAUCACUUUAACAGCCCCUCCAGAUUAAAUGUGAUGAAAACUGUGUGAAUGAGACGAGCGGAGAAUCCAUUACAGACGAUCCUGGAAGUUUGUCGCCGUCACUGUUGACGGCUUCGUUCCCGUCCAGCUGGAGUCUGGAGCAGGAACGAGGCCGCCGAGGCGUCAUGUGAAAUAGGCGAAACAACAGACGUGUGUCAUUAUAAAUGUUUUCAUCCAAUAAACAGUGAUGUGUUUCCUUAAA